AGGUAGGACGGCCCAGCCCCCCGCGCCUCGGGCCUCACGUCCAAUAAGAGCCGCCCCUGCUUGACACCUGCCUAUAUACAGGCGAGCGCGCCCCCGGCCCUCGACCGCGCGCACAGCCCGCACAGCCCACGCCGCGGGCGAGCGACACGUCGGCCCGCCACCAUGACUUCCAGCAAGAUCGAGAUGCCCGGCGAGGUGAAGGCCGACCCCGCCGCCCUCAUGGCGUCCCUGCACCUCCUGCCGUCGCCCACGCCCAACCUCGAGAUCAAGUACACCAAGAUCUUCAUUAACAACGAAUGGCAGAACUCAGAGAGUGGGAGUGUGUUCCCUGUCUAUAAUCCAGCCACAGGAGAGCAGGUGUGUGAAGUUCAAGAAGCAGACAAGGCAGAUAUAGACAAGGCGGUGCAGGCGGCCCGCCUGGCUUUCUCUCUUGGCUCAGUGUGGAGAAGGAUGGAUGCUUCAGAAAGAGGACGUCUGUUGGAUAAGCUUGCAGACUUGGUGGAACGUGACAGAGCAGUUCUUGCAACCAUGGAAUCCCUGAAUGGUGGCAAACCGUUCCUACAAGCUUUUUACGUGGAUUUGCAGGGUGUCAUCAAGACCCUUCGGUAUUACGCGGGCUGGGCUGAUAAAAUUCACGGGAUGACCAUUCCUGUAGAUGGAGAUUAUUUUACCUUUACAAGACACGAACCCAUUGGAGUGUGUGGACAGAUCAUCCCGUGGAACUUCCCCCUGCUGAUGUUUGCCUGGAAAAUUGCUCCAGCCCUGUGCUGUGGCAAUACAGUAGUUAUUAAGCCAGCAGAGCAGACACCACUCAGCGCGCUCUACAUGGGAGCCCUCAUCAAGGAGGCUGGCUUUCCACCGGGAGUCAUCAAUAUUUUGCCGGGAUAUGGGCCAACGGCUGGGGCAGCAAUAGCUUCUCACAUUGGCAUAGACAAGAUUGCCUUCACAGGAUCUACUGAGGUUGGAAAGCUUAUCCAAGAAGCAGCUGGAAGAAGUAAUUUGAAGAGAGUAACUCUGGAACUUGGAGGGAAAAGUCCUAAUAUUAUUUUUGCAGAUGCAGAUUUGGACUAUGCUGUGGAGCAGGCACACCAAGGGGUGUUCUUCAACCAAGGCCAGUGCUGUACCGCAGGCUCUCGUAUCUUUGUGGAGGAGUCCAUCUACGAAGAGUUUGUGAGAAGAAGUGUGGAACGGGCCAAGAGGCGCAUAGUGGGGAGUCCCUUUGACCCCACCACAGAGCAAGGUCCCCAGAUUGAUAAGAAACAGUACAACAAGAUCCUAGAACUCAUCCAGAGUGGUGUGGCUGAGGGGGCCAAGCUGGAGUGUGGAGGCAAAGGACUGGGCCGGAAGGGAUUUUUCAUUGAGCCCACGGUAUUUUCCAACGUCACUGAUGACAUGCGGAUUGCCAAGGAGGAGAUCUUUGGCCCCGUUCAGGAAAUUCUGAGGUUUAAGACAAUGGAUGAAGUUAUCGAAAGAGCCAAUAACUCAGACUUUGGACUCGUAGCAGCUGUCUUUACUAAUGACAUCAACAAGGCCCUCACAGUGUCUUCUGCAAUGCAAGCUGGGACUGUUUGGAUCAAUUGUUACAAUGCAUUAAAUGCUCAGAGCCCUUUUGGUGGAUUCAAGAUGUCUGGAAAUGGGAGAGAAAUGGGCGAGUUUGGUUUGCGCGAGUACUCAGAAGUUAAGACUGUGACAGUGAAGAUCCCCCAGAAGAACUCGUAAGAAGGCAAGGAAGGAAGGUGAAGACCACCCUGCACGACUCAACUCUCCCUCUCUGCUUUCUCUGUAGGGCUCCGCUCUCAGGAAUACAAAGUUGAGCCAUGGUCCUUAUUUAAGAUUGAAAUGAUAACAUAUAGGCCAGGCAGGUGCUGCACCACUAAAGCAAACCAGCUAGGCAGUUUCUUGGCACUCUGUAAAGGAUCACCCUAAUGAUACCAAAUAUCGGGGCACAGAAGGGUAAAGGAAAGGAGGCUUUACUGGGCACAUUUAGUAUCUCUUUCUAGUGCAAGGGAUGGAAGAAGGGAGCUGUGUUAUUUGAUGCCGUUUGUCCCAAAGAUCCUUCCUCUUGAGGAAAGGUGGCCUUUCCACUAUCUUCAUUUUCCUCCUUCCAGACUGUCUCUCUGCUCACCCACCCCUCUUUCUCUUCCAAGGAGAUCUCAGCUGAGCUCAUUUGGAGCAGAUGUUUGGGCCGGGAAUAAUUUUCCAAGGUUUUGCAGCCAAAUUACCAUUCCAUGUUAUCCAUUUCUUCAAAGCAAAACAUGAAAUGGUUUUAGUUAGAGCCAGACCAGACUGAAAAUGCCAGGAGCUGGUACACUGCAGAUGUACUAAGAAGAACUUGAGAUAUUCCUGACCCAAUCCAGUUUUUAAAAUAUCUGUAAAUAACGUGCGUGAAAGAAGACGAGGACGAUGAAGAUGGGAGUUCAUCACGUGUAGUUCACAUGAUGAGCUUGUUGAAUGACUUUGAGGUGUGUGUGUGUCGGUGUGUGUGUAUCUGUGUGUGUGUUUGUGUGUAUCUGUGUGUGUGUGCGCACGUGUAUCUGUGUGUGUGUACCUGUGUGUGUGAGAGAGAGAGAGAAAGAGAGGGAGAAAUUCCUUGGUUUUUCUAGAAUAAGACAGGAUAUGUUGUUUUUCAUAGAUAAGAUCUUUUCCAAAGCUUAUCUUAAAACCAACCCAAAAAACAAUCCAAGGAAACUCAAGAGUUUGGCAAUGCUGAAUGCCUUGCCGGAAUAAUCCCAUUUCCAAUCCUGGGUGGCAGUGUUUAUUAAAUGAAUUUCUGUAUUUGGAAUCUGUACCUUCUGCCCUCCAGCCCUCACGGCACCAAUACUUGCCAGUCCUGGUACUGCAGGUGUUUCUUGGGCCUGUCCUGCCUUAAUAAUGUGCCCCGAAUCCAUUGGCAGUGACCUUGGAAAGUCUGGCCAAGUCUGGAGAUUCCCCUCCCCGCUUGCAGAGCUUUUCCCGGCCAUAGCUGCUGUGCUCCACUAGAGCUCACCUGUCUUACCCAGUGGCUUGUCCACACACCAUCGGGGGGUGGGGCAUGAAGCAGGUCUGUCUCCUUUUCCUUCCAACCACACACUCCUCUUCUGCUUUCCAGUAAAUCCCCUAGGUUGAUGUGGGCAGUGUUAGCUUCCUUUCCUUCUCUCUUUCCAGCUGCCAAAUCUGCUCCAGUCUUUGACCUAGAUGAAGAUCAUUUAUUUAAAAGUGCCAAACAUAACCAAGAGUACGUGGAAUAUGGGCAACAUAUAUAUAGCCUUGUGUAUUUAAUGGAUUUCUGCUUUCUAACCAUACCAGUUUUCUAUUUAUAACCCUUGUCUUUCCUGAUGUUUAAAGAAAUCUCUACUAGCUGUUAUUUACGAUCGACAGUGCGUUCAGCAGCCUUGACAGACGCCAUGUUUCUGGGUUCUUCCACAUGAACGCCACACUCUUCUGGAGCGUGUGUCCCCGAACACAUCCACUAACCAAACAGUUACCUUUGAACUGCAACACAGAAUGUGAACAUGAAGAUUUAUUUCUUUUAAUUUACCUAAAAAGAAACCUCUGUGCUAGCAAUAAAGCAUUUAUAUUGUGUACUC